AUGGGACCGGAUCAACCUGGUGCUGCACAUUUUCAUACUGCUUCGAAACCACUGAAGGAAGUUGACAUACGUCUUCCGGAAAAUCUUGUUAAAGGAGCCGUGAAAUUAGAUCCGAAUUUAAAAAAGUACUUAGGCGAUGAGUUUCCUGCAGAAUCCAAUACAAACGUCACCUGGGCAUAUAAUGAAGUUUUGACGGACUUGAUUACACGUUUGAGUAUUGAGCUGAAGCUACCACAGUCGGAGAGGAAUACAUAUGCAUUGAAAUUUGAAGACCGUGGUAAUGAUGGUGUUUUUCUGACCAAGGAAAAUCGUAAUUUGGUGCCUCAAGGAUUCAUUCUCAUUUUAACUGCAUCUCCUGAACGUUAUGCCCACAAUUUUUUGGCACGUUUACGUAAUCCUUCAGGAGAUCUACGAACAACGCUUGCUGAACUUAUUGCAUUAUGCGGUGAUAUUUCGUUUGCAACACAAUUUAUGCGUAUAGGUGGAUAUGAUUAUAUAUUUGAAGUGAUCGAAAAAGGAUUGUGCACAGACAGCGUUUCAUGUCAGUCUCGAUUCCUGCAAGCAUUACUAAUGUUAAUGGAUCAUACUGGCUUAAUGUACUGGUCACAAGUUUCGGAUGAAUUUGUUUCUAAAAUAGCAGAAAAUAUUACGGGCAGAGCUAAGCAGGAGGAUAAUACAUUACUGGUUUCAUCGCUUAAUAUUAUCGAUCUUAUUUUGAAUUCUAAAAAUGAGGGGAAAAUGAAUCUGGUUUUACGAGAAGUACCAUUUGAAUCGCUUAUACGUCAUCUUGAAAAAUCAGACGAACGAGUUAUUUUGAAUGUUUUGACGUUAAUGAAUUCUUUAUACAGUAAGGCCAGGGAUCAUGUAAAAAAUGAUAUCAUAGAGGUAAGAGUACUGAUCUUUAUUCAAGUAAAAAAAUCAUAA